AUUAGAAGGAUAAGAAGCUUUAAAGAAAGCACCAACAACAUAUCUCUCUCUCAAUUGAGACAAGAUUCAAACUAUCUUGAGACGCAUUUCGAAAGAUCCAUCAAUAUCUCCGUCAUUUUUCAAUACAGAGAAAAAAAGGAGAGUGAAAAUGGGCUCUAUCACAAUCCCCGGCUUUCUUCCUUCUCCCAUUGAAGAUUGUGAGAAACUUAGAAAGGCUUUCCAAGGGUGGGGUGUGGAUAAGAAAGCAAUAAUUUCGAUCCUGGGGCAUAGGACGGCCAGUCAACGCGAGAAGAUCAGUCAAACAUACGAAGAGCUCUACCAAGAAAGCCUCAUCGACCGUCUCAAUUCCAAGAUCUCUGGUGAUUUCGGGAAAGCAGUAAUACUUUGGACGGUGGAUCCUCCUCAAAGGGAUGCCAAACUUGCAAGGGAGGCAUUGAGAAAGAAGGGUGUUAAACAUCUGGCGGUGAUCGUCGAGAUUGCAUGUGCUUCGUCGCCGGCCCAUCUGAUUGCUGUGAGAAAGGCCUACUGCUCUCUCUUCAGAUGCUCUCUAGAAGAAGACAUUGCACUCUAUGUAUCCCAACCGUUGAGGAAGCUGUUGGUGAGCCUGGUGGGUUCAUAUAGGUAUGAAGGGGAAGAGGGGGAUGGGAAGGUGGCCAAAGAAGAGUCAGAUAAGCUACAUGUUUCCAUUGAAAAUAAGCAUUUGGAGCAGGAACAUGUUAUUUGGAUACUAAGCACCAGGAACAAGUUCCAACUCCAAGCAACCUUCACCUGCUACAAAUAUGACUACAGCAUAUCCGUCGACGAGGACAUUAAAGAUAGCAUCAACAGCGACUUCGCAUCUCUCUUACGGAUGGCAGUUUUGUGCAUACAUUCCCCCGAAAAAUACUUCGCAGACGUUGUGAGGUCGUCUAUUGUGGGUCUUGGAACAGAUGAAGAUUCACUCACAAGAGCUAUAGUGACUCGGGCUGAAAUAGACAUGAUGAAGAUUAAAGAGUAUUAUUAUGAGGUAAAUGAGGUUAGCAUCGUCGACGCUGUUAUUGAUGACACAUCAGGAGAUUACAAGGACUUCUUGGUUACCUUGCUGGGCCAUGGGACGCUAUGAAUGAUGAAUUUUAUCGACCAACCAAUGGUUUGUGAUUAAACAAGAUUUGUAAUUGCUGAAUGUAGUAACGGGGAAUGAUCUUACACAGCUAGUUUGCACUGUAUUACUAUUCAAAUUAGUUGUGUUGGACAUGUGAGUGGAACAUCUGUUUGGUUUGAAACUA